CGCAUGAUCAGGCGCAAACACAAGUGCAAUAAUAUUAUACAACUGAAACUACCUGUUCUUUUGGUUUUAUGUAAGAUCUUUUGGGAAACGAAUUCAUUGACAACAACAGUGAGCGACGAGAAUAGAAAAUCAAAGAAAAAAUUAAUCUGCUCCAGAUUUUGUUUCCGCAAUUUAAUGGCAAUUUAACCCUGAACUAUAAGACGCGAUUGCGCAGUUUCAUCAAUCGUUUAAUUUUCACCGCAAACUAGUAUCAAAAUAUUGAAUCGAUUCAUUCGAAUCACAGAGAAACGAAACUGCUUUUAUAUUGUUUAAAACAAAUAUUUCUAAAAUAAUUAAUAACAUCUUUAAUAACAGUUUUUGAGUUAUUAAAAUAGUGCAUUUCUACAAGUGCAGUUGCAUUUUGCACAGGAUCGAUUAAACUUUUCUGUAACAACUUCUUUUGAAUAAUUGCAAAUCAAAAACUUGGUGGGAGCCAAAUACCUUUUUAAGUGACGGUAUCGAAAGAAAUCCAAUAAUCAAUAUGAAAACAGUGUGGGUGAUCGGUGGUCCGGGUUGUGGAAAGGGAACGCAAUGUGAUAAAAUGAUUGAAAAAUAUGGAUUUAUUCAUCUCAGCAGUGGCGAUCUUUUGCGAGAGGAAGUUGCCAGUGGAAGUCCCCGUGGUGCCGAAUUACAGGAUCUCAUGUCUAAGGGCCUCUUCGUUCCCACUGAAAUUGUAUUGCAAUUGAUAAAAGAUCGAAUGACCAAGGCGAAGGAAGAAAAUCCAUCAGCGUCCGGUUUUCUAAUUGAUGGUUAUCCUCGUGAAAAGGAUCAGGGCAUUCAAUUUGAAAAAGACGUGUGUCCAGUUGACCUUAUUUUUUUCUUUGACGUCGCUAAUGAGACUCUUCAGAAGCGAUUAAUGGGACGUGCUGCAGCUGCCGCUACACAAAGAGCCGACGAUAACGCAGAAACUAUAAAAAAGAGAAUUGAAAUUUUCAAUGAAAAAAAUGGCGAAAUUGUCAAUCACUUUAAACCCAAAGUUUGUCACAUAAAUGCCGAAGGCGCAGUGGAUGAAAUUUUCGCUCAAGUAACAAACGCACUAGAUCAAAUUUUAGCAGCAUAAUUUUUUUGUUUUAAAUUCAAAGAAUAAUUUUACGCUUUCACAAUUGAAGAUUAAAAAAUGAUAUUAGAACAGUUGCCGGUAAACUGUUCCUGUUUUAUUUACUUUUCAAAUUCUAAGAGUUUUAUCAAGUAUUUUAAAAAUGUUACACAGUAUUUUAACUGAAAAAUUUCAGUAUUAAUGAUUAAUUAAUAGUCACAAAUAUUUCGCACAAGGCCUAAGUAUUAUUUGAGAAUACAACUUUUUUCUAGCUUGACCAAUUUCUAGCUAAUAUUGUAUUUCUAUAUAGUCGAUUGCAAUUUCUCUUUUCUUUAAACAUUUUAGUGAGAAAAUUGCACUUGAAUCAAAAGAAAAAUUUUGAAACAAAAACAGAAAUAUAUUUUUGAUGAAAAAUACGAAAGAGAAGCCUAAGAAAUGUAUUUACUAUUAAAAUAAAUAUUUGCAAAAAUCAA